ACACGGGGGUGGCCGGGCCGGGGGCGGGGCUGGCGCAGCUUCCGCCCGGCGGCCGGGUGGACGCUGCGGGCGCGGGAAUUGCGGACUUAUGGUCAUGGCCGCCGCGCCGGAGCCCGGCGAACCCGGGAAGAGGAAGCCCUUUAAGCUCCUAGGAAUUUUGGAUGUUGAAAACAUUCCCUGUGCACGGGAUUCGGUAUUGUAUGGUUCAUUAGGAUCUGUUGUGGCUGGACUUGGACACUUUUUGUUAACUAGCAGAAUUAGAAGAUCAUGUGAUGUUGGUGUAGGAGGAUUUAUCGUGGUGACUUUAGGAUGUUGGUUCCACUGCAGGUAUAAUUAUGCAAAGCAAAGAAUCCAGCAAAGAAUUGCCAGAGAAGGAAUAAAAAAUAAGAUUUUGUAUGAAAGCACCCACCUUGAUCCUGAAAGAAAACAAACCAACAGCAGCAACUGAGCAACCUGAACAUGGAAAAUGGAAUUCUUGAAGUCAGUGUGAACAAUGUUGGAACUACACAGAGCAUUUUAUACAUACAAAAAAAGUAUGUUUCAACCAUAGUCUGUCUUUUUCAUACUCGUAGGAAAACUUGCCAACUCAUUGUGACCCUUUACUGUCAGCUCAGCAUUCCUGUGUUGGAACAGACCUGUCAUGCAUGCUUAAAAUAUUAGAAUUUACUGACAGCGUGAUUAAGAAUUCUAAAACCUAGUGGGAAAAGUUUCUUUGCAAUAAAAGCAAUGAGUUUAAAAUUGAGAUUUCAAGAAACUAUCCCAACUGUAUUAACUUGCCUUAAAAACAAAAUCACCACCUUACGUUUUCAGUUGAGUCUUAAUGUUUUUUGAAGUAUGCAACAUUUUAAGUGAAUUCAGUUAAAAGUAUGCACAGUAUGUUUUGAUAUGAAAAUGUUUGGUCAAAAUUACACAUAUUGUGUUACCUUAAUGUAAAUCAGACAAGUCAAUCUCCUGCAAUUUUAAAAAGAAUAAAGGCACUCAAUAUUAACCCA